AUGGACCUCUCCAUUUCAAGCGUGGUGGCCCCCCAGAUGUCUCCUCGCUCGUCCCCAGAAGCCUCCCCAUCUUCAUCGCCACCAAGUCCGUCACCCGCACCUUCCUCCCCUUCCCCCAAGGAAGGAUCUCUCAGCAAGAAAAUGACGGCGAUGAGUGUCUCGCCCACUGACUCGUUGACCGGUUCCGGAUCGCGUGCAUCGAACGCGUCCAAAAACCCGGCGCCCGAUUCAACCAAGGGUUAUGCCUCCGCCAACGGAUCGGCGAAGCCCCAAAACACUCGGCUUGAUCCCCGCAGCCUGUCCUUUCAGCCAACUGGCCACACUCAGGGCCCUACUGAUGUCUUUAGCACCCAGCGCCAGGCCUCGAACAGCCCCACCAGGCCCGCUCAAGGCCUUUCCCCCACGUCAAACAGUGUCUUCACUACUCCUGCCUCUCAGCGGACGUACGGACCAACCACACCUUCCUCCGUUCCGUGGAGUUCGUCAUCCAACACGCAGUACUCCUGGGAUGGCUCUGGCAGCCUGAAGACUACCGCUGCAGCCAAGCGUCUGUCGGAACCUGAUGUGCUUGGUCUCGACGGUCGCCUGAAUAAUGUCCUGGGAAACAGCAACCCACCUUUUCAGCUACUCACUGAGGAUACAGUGACCCACUGGCUUCUCGUAUGUGGUAUCGCACGGGCUUUGCUCAUCCACAAGCUUAUCAACGUUCCCAAGACUGCCGAGCUGAGUCAACUCCGGCACCUCCUUGACAAACUGGGCGAGACCAAGGCUAUUAUUGCACACCACCUCAUGGAGCAUGGAAGGGUCGUCGUUGCUUUUUGGGACUCCCGCGAGGCAUACAAAGUCUACAAGGAGCUCUGCCGUAGAGCGGUCCGCUUCUCAAUCAACAAGGAGGCACAGCAGCUGCACUGCGUGUGUAUCAGAGAGGCUGACGUUCGAGGUCUCACUGGUGACGGACCGGAGUGGAACUACCUGUGGAACGAGAGUAACCCCAUUGUGCACAUCCAGGCUCGGUCCAUGUUAGGUGUCGAAGCCGGAGGGUUCAAGGCGCAGCUGAGUGACUACGGCGACCUCAAGAGUUUCAGGGCACAUGACAGUACAGGCCAUACCUUCACAGCCGAGUUCUAUGACUCUCGUGUCGCCGCGGACAUCAUUCGCACCUAUAACAACCUUCCCAUCAGUGGAGGUACCUUCGUGGUCUCUUACGUCUCCGAUGACCCCUUCCUGGCGGAGCCUUCUGACAACACCACGUCCAACUUCCCUGACUACAACACUCGACCGGCCCUCGCCAAAUCGGCAUGGGCGUCAACGUUCUCUCGGGGUAGGACAUCAGUAUCGGCCGGGUCCCCAACCUCGAUGGCUUUUUCUGGUGUACGAGAUGCCGCCUUCUCGCAUGCUGCGUCAGCGCAGGGCCUGAGUUCUUUCCUCGACAUGUCUCUUUCAUCCACCGAUGACUUUAACCGCCGGUUCGACAGCGCGUUCCAGUCCUUUGACACUGCAUCUAGCAACUUCCGCCAAUCUCAGAGCGGUAUCAUCCCGCGUCGCAAUAGCCCGCUCAACAUGACGUCUGAUCCCUCCCACCAGUGGGGAUCCGUUGCCAACGACGAGCUGUACAUCGCCACGCGAACGAACCGCCCCCCUAAUGUCCGCCGGUUCACCGACUCCGCAACCCUACAGACCAUGCUCAAUGGUAUGAACGAGACCGCGCAAGCCCUUCAGCACCAGAGCACCAUAGGAGGCUCAAUCUCUGCACCUUUGUCGCCGACGCUCCUCAAUCCUCGCCUGUACUCCGGAUGGCCGCAGAACGACUCCAAGGCGGUCCCGGUCGAGAAUCAAGUCUUCCCGGAACGCAUUGCAGCUGGUCUCGACAACCGCACCACUGUGAUGGUGAAAGACGUUCCUAACAAGCUUUCGCGCCAGGAGCUCGUGGACAUUCUCAACCAAGUUGUUCCCAGUCACUUUGACUUUGUAUACUUGCGGUUCGACUUUCACAACCACUGCAACGUUGGCUACGCAUUUGUCAAUUUCACCUCAACUAUUGCCCUUCUCGAGUUCUAUCGCGCUCGUGUAGGCAAGCGCUGGAACCUCUUCUCAAGUGAGAAGGUUCUUCAGGUCGGCUAUGCCAACAUCCAGGGGAAGGUUGCACUCGUCAAUAAGUUCCGCAACUCGGCCGUGAUGGAUGUCCAAGAGCAGUGGCGUCCCCAGAUCUUCUACUCUGACGGCGCGAUGCGUGGUAAGCCCGAACCGUUCCCCGAGUCCGACUCCACCUCCCGCGGCCAACGUGCGGCGUCCUCUGCUCGUCUGUCCUUCCUCACUGGCUCGUCGCCUGACAUGAUCGACUACGACUAUUCGAACCGUCCGUACGACUGUCUCUAG